AUGCAGACAGACAUAUCCGAACAGCAAAUUCCCAGAGAUGACCUAACUUCGUUAGUAAAUUCAAUUCUUGACUGUUGUGAGACUCAGCCCUUACCAAACACCACCAAUACAGAAAUUUGUAAGGCUCAAACGAUUUCUUCACUUUUGAAACAUUUACAACAAAACAUCAACACGCAUAAAACAUCACAGUUUAACGUAUACAGAGAAGAUAUAUUUGGAUGUUGCGUUCAAGCAAUGAGAAGAGCCGGAUUUGAUCCAUUUAAUAAAAUUUCAGUCAAGUUCAGUGAUGCUGAGGGUACAAGUGAAGGUGCAGUUGAUGAAGGAGGUCCUUGCAGAGAAAUGUUCAGAUUAUCUCUCAACUGGUUGAAAGACAGCGGGAUGUUCUGCGGUGCCCACAAAAAAAGUUUGAAUCUUUGUGGAAAUGCUUUGCACAAAAACAUGUAUUUCGAAGCAGGUCGAUUAAUCGUAUUAUCCCUGAUUCAUGGAGGGCCAGGGCCUCAUUUUUUCUCUGAAACACUUUUUACUCUAUUAUGCGGCCAGAUUGCAGUUCCAACACUUGAUGAUAUUGAUCGAGAUACAAGAGAUAGCGAUGUUUUUUCUCUUGCCGGAUUUCCAGUUAUUGUCAAAGCAGAAGAGCAAGAAAAAAUUGUCCAAGGAGUGCUGCGAUUUUUUGCUGUUGACAGAAUCAGAGAACCUUUGGGGCAAUUAAUUGAAGGAUUGAAGACAUGCGGUCUAUAUGAAAAGCUUAAGCAAUAUCCCAGUAUAUUUAAAGAUAUAUUUUGUUCUGAAAUCACUCUCUCUUCAAAAAUACUUGAAGAACUAUUCCUCAUCGUCUAUACUGAACCUGGGACUAACACCCGUAGUAAAGAAAAUAGGGUGAUUUCCUAUUUCAGGGAUUAUGUAUUGGAUUUGGAAUGUAUGUGA